GCUGGAUUAUCAUUCUGGAGAAUCCUGGAUAAAACUUUUGACUUUGCGUUUCCACAAUGUAUGGAAUAAAUCAGCGCUGCUUGUACAUCUCUUUUCACUUCUUCGUGGUGUGGUGUCACGCGCAGGGGGAGAAGAAUCACCCUUCUCCUAAUUUUAAGCAGUAUGUGAGGGAACAGGGCUCGCUGACGGACCAGCUGAGCCGGCGGCAGGUUCGGGUGUACCAGCUGUACAGCAGGACCAGCGGGAGACACGUGCAGAUCCCGGGCCGCAGAGUCAGCGCCACCGCGGAGGACGGGAACGCUUUCGCCAGACUUUAUGUGGAGACGGACACCUUCGGGAGUCGAGUUCGGAUCAAAGGAGCGGAGACGGGCAGAUACCUGUGUAUGAACCGCAGGGGGAAACUAGUGGGCAAGGCUAACGGCAGGGGUCGGGACUGCAUCUUCACAGAGAUCGUUCUGGAGAACAACUACACCGCUUUCCAGAACGCUCGCUACGAAGGCUGGUUCGUGGCCUUCAGCAGAAAGGGUCGUCCCAUCAAGGCCUCCAGAACCAGGGAGAACCAGCGGGAAGUUCACUUCAUCAAACGCCUCCACAAAGGCCCUCUCCCCUUCCCCAACUCAGACCAACCCAAACACUUCGAGUUCAUCAGCUUCCCUCCGACCCGACGGGCCAAACGCAACAGAAGACCUUCCUAA